UUAAAUCAAUACUGAAUUGUUGUGUACCUGCAGGGAGUGAAAUAGGUGGCACAAGCUAUGUCAAUCACUUUGAUGCUCAUUGGCCCGCACUGACAGAAGAGAAUUAACCCGCAGCAUUGCCACGCCGUCUACACGCUCAGAUUCAAAGUGGUACAUGAGGUCGGACCUAGUGGAACUGAGAAAGUCCAUAAAUUCUCCUAGUUGUGCUUGGAAAAAAAGAGACAAUUCUAAAGAUAGAGAACAAGUUAUCCCACAUAUUCUGAAUGGUUUGGCAGAAUGAUCAUCGAUGAGUGGGCGUGCCGUUUUCGCUCUGCUUUUCAGGGUUGACUCGGACUGCCAGGGUAGGUUAAUACUUUUCACACCGCCUAAAGAAGGAAAAGUAAUAUUGAGACAUUAUCUGUUGGCUGGUCAUCAUGGUGGUCAGUUGUGGUCUGCUUACUGCCAACAAGGAGAGAGUUCCUUUAAAGGGCAUUGAAGUGGAAGUGGAGGUGAAAGACCACGUGGCUGUAGUGGUCUACACUCAGCACUACGAGAAUAAGGAGGACAAAGCCAUCGAGGCCGUUUUUGUCUUCCCUCUACCUGGGGAUGCUGCCGUGUGCCAUUUCAGUGCCAAAAUUGGACAAACUGAGAUUGUAGCUGAAGUCAAAGAGAAACAGGAGGCUCGAGAAGAGUACGACGAUGCGCUCAGCUCCGGUCAGCAGGCUUUCCUCCUGGAGGAGAGUGACCAGAGCCCAGACAUCUUCUCUCUGAAUGUCGGUAGUCUUCCUCCAGGAGAGAGCGCCUCCAUCAGACUGGAGUAUGUCACUGAGCUGGCUGUGGAGGCUGACAGUGGCCUGAGAUUUUGUCUGCCUGUAGUACUCAAUCCUCGCUACCAACCUCAGGGAAGUGAAGGUCACGGCGUCAAGGUGACGGCUGUUCCCGCCUCUCUCGUGCCGUACAGUCUGUCCUUCUCUGCCAGGGUGUCCUCUCCCCGUGAGGUUUUGAAAGUGGACUCCAAGUGUUCCCUGGAGCCUCUGCAGUACCUCAACAAGGAGAAAACCCAGGCGGUUGUUAAACUGGCUGCAGGACACAAGUUUGACAGGGAUAUUGAGCUGUUUAUAUACUACAAGAAUGCCCACCAGCCAGCUGCUGUGGUGGAGGCAGGAAAAGCGUUUGCAACACCUGGCACAAUAAUUGGGGAUCCAGUAAUGAUGCUGAGUGUGUACCCUGAGUUUUCCCAGGAAGUCAUGUCUUCAAUUACCACAAGUGGAGAAUUUGUGUUCUUACUGGACAGAUCUGGAAGUAUGGAUGGUGCUCGGAUCAGCAGCGCCAGGGAUACUCUCUUGCUGCUUCUGAAGAGUUUGCCAGUGGGCUGCUAUUUUAACAUUUACAGUUUCGGCUCAUCCUUCGAACCCAUUUUCCAGAAUAGUAUAGAGUACAAUGAAACCACAUUGGAAAAGGCUCAAAAGAAAGUCGAGGAGAUGCGGGCUGACAUGGGAGGAACAGAGAUACUUAAGCCCCUCAAUCAUAUUUACAGCCAGCCCUGCAUUCCUGGCCAACCUCGACAGCUUUUUGUCUUCACUGACGGCGAAGUGGGGAACACAAAUGCAGUUAUAAGCUUGGUGAAGAAGAAUUCCAGUUCCCACAGGUGCUUCUCUUUUGGGAUUGGGGAAGGAGCAAGCACGGCCCUCAUCACUGGUUUGGCAAAGGAGGGGCGGGGUUAUGCCCAAUUCAUCACAGGAGCUGACAGGAUGCAACCAAAGGUGAUGCAAUCGUUGCAGUUUGCUUUGCAGCCAGCAGUGAAGGACAUCUCAGUUAACUGGGAUUUGCCAGAAGGGGUGUCUGUCACACCUCUGUCUCCACCUCUAACUGCUAUCUUCAAGGGUCAACGGUCGCUCAUUUAUGCUCAGCUCACGGGACAGAGUGCGGAGGGAACAGAUGGUCAUGUAACUGUGACGUACACGCUAGCAGGACACUCAUUCCAUGACAAACUCAGCUUUCCCCUACAACCUACAGAGGACACUGGAUUAACAGUCCACAGGCUCGGUGCUCGAACUCUGAUUCGUUGUCUAGAGACAGAGAAGGGUGAGGAAGUGAAGAAAAAGGUGGUGGAAGUCAGCGUCCAAUCAGGAGUGAGCAGUUCCUUUACCUCUUUCAUUGCUGUCAACAAAACCAGCAGAGAAGCCAUUCAUGGACCUCUGCUGCAAAGACGUAUUCCAGGAGUCUGGUCGCGGAGUUGCUACAGCCUAUCCCAGCAAGCCGUAGUCCCCAUGAUGUUGUCUCACUCCAUGGCCAAAGCCUCCAGAAUGCAGUCUCACGGCAUGGCCAGAGCCUGCAGUAUGCAGUCUCACGCCAUGGCACCAGCUGCCAUGCUGCAGGGCAACACCCUGGGUGUUAAGGCCAAACCUGAGAGUCUUUCUGUUAUGGACAAAGUGAAACACCUUUUUCGCCCAGAAAGUAAAUGUUCGGAUGACCCUGUCCCCACCCCUGCCAUCUUAAAGCACCCAGACUCUUUGCUGCAGUUGGUCUCCCUCCAGAAAGCGUCAGGCUGCUGGGAACUCAACCCGGCUCUGGCUGCUGCGCUCAACAAGACCAGCAAGGAGUUGGAACAGCCCAAGCCACCAAAAGUGAAUGGGAAUGUCUGGGCCACAGUUUUGGCCCUGGUCUGGCUCCACGCAUUUAAGUUAGAUGCACAAAUUGAAUGGAAGCUUCUUGCUCAAAAGGCUGUGUCAUGGUUAACGGCUCAAAAUGCACCAAGUAUGACAGAGUGUAUCAUGGCUGGAAACACUCUUUUGGGCAGCAAUGUGCAAAAAGAUGCCCUGGGCCUUUAAGUACUCCAAUACAAUGUAGUAGUGCCUUCUGGUGAAUUACACUCUCUGCUUUGCGCUAUCCUCUAUUCUUCUAUAUUUGUUUGUUCAUUAGUCUGUAAUCAUGCCUAUACAGUAUACUGUAUGCUAAAGCUGCCACAAAAUGCCUCUGAAAAAUGAAUUGACAUCCAUCAGCCUGAAAGACUCCAGUGAACCACACUGAAAGCCAUUAUCCACAAAUGGAUACAACACGGAACAUUGGUGAAGCAAAAAUGAUGCCAACAGCACAGUGCUGCCAACUCAUCAAGGUCAGAUCCAGGACCGGAACGACUUGCUGUGAUUAAUGGAACUAUGAAUUGUGCUUUUUAACAAAAAAUGAGAUGGGCCAUUGGUGGUAAUUUGUAAUCCUGUUGACUGAUGAUUGUGGCGUCAUCCAGUAUGAAAGAAAAAGGGAGCAUUUCAAUUGAUAGGGCAAAGGUCUAUUGACGCUUGAAUGCGGGCUCAAGUCUGGGUGUGUGAGUGUUAUGUGGAGUGCUUCCGUGUGAGUUUUAAACUUGUGAUUCUUUACCCUUGGGCUACGGGCCAAGCUAACUAAUGAGCAGUGAUUUUGACGUAAUACUGUACUGAAAUUUAACUGACAGAACUCAAGCAGCAACAGCCACCAUUUAUAAACUAUUUUCUUUCAAUUAUUGGAGUGGUGAUUUUUUAAAUUACCGGCUAAUUUGUAUUUUCUUUCAUUCGACAAACCAUUUCUGAAACCAAUAAAAGGGUGCAAAAUGGUUACCCAAACAAAGCAGUGUGAGUCAGUCUAGUGUUGUUUUCAUCAACGAUGACGACAACGAAAAUAUUUCAUCAUUUAACACUUUUUUCAUGACUAUGACAAGUCAAU